UGCUGUGCUCCCUCCUGUGUUGUGCCGCAGCUCUUCGACAGCUGUGGCUUGUGCUCUGUGUUUGACAUCAUGAAUACCAUGCCAAGGUCAAGCUUCUUGUUAAUCGUGGCGGCCCUUGCUUCAUGGGCCAGUCCGUGCGGAGCGUUUGCACCCCCAAGACUUGCAGGGCGACAGCACCAACAUGAUGCGACCGCAUCAGCAGCAGCAGCAUCUGCACCUGCACGAACACAGCCCGCGUGUCAUGUUCGGGCAAGGGAGGGCUGCCGACGCCGGCACUCUACGGGCUUGUCCAUGUCCACCCCGGCAGAGUCGUUUACGCCACCUUCAGUAAAAGAGGAGGGUGUUGGAGCUGGAGCGGAGACGACGAUAAAGCCAGGCGCCAAGAUCAGCAACGAGUGGGAGCUUGACGUGUACUCCAGGCCGGUCGUUGGGGCGGACGGUAAGAAGCUGUGGGAGCUCCUCAUCUGCGACUCCACGGGCAACUUCCGCCACGUCUCGCCGAUCCCGAGCAACAUGGUGAACUCGCGAGAGGUGCGCAGGACGAUAGAGGGGGUCAUCGAGGCCGCGCCGGGGGGCUCGAAGCCUACCGUGAUCCGCUUCUUCCGAAACGCCAUGUUCAACAUGAUCGACAUCGCCCUGAAGGAGGUGGAGGUCGCGGUCAAGCCGUGCAGGACGACGUACGCCAUGUACCAGUGGCUCGAGGAGCGCGAGCGCGACGUGUACCCCGCCAUGGCCGGGUUCAAGCCCACCAUGAAGCAACCGGCGUUCUUCGACAUUCGGACUCCCACGCCUCUACCAGAUGCUCUGCGAGGAGAGCAGUACGCUUUCGUGACCAUGCCAGUGUCCGAGUUCCGUCAGGGCAACAUCAAUGACGAAAACGUUGGGGUCGGCAGGCUAUGUCCGCUGGAUGCAUCCCUCCCGGACGAUGCGAUGAUCCCAGGGCUUGCGAUGUUCACGGCGAGAGCUGAGCCCCUCGCCACUUGGAUGACCGGCCUCGAGGUGGCCUACUUCAAGGCGGAUCUCAAGAACCGCGAGCUCGCUCUUGAGUGCGGCAUCAACACUCAGUAUCUUGUCGCGCGAGUCCAGGGGGACCAGCGGAAAGAAGCGCAAGGCUUCGAGGAGGCGAAACGAGCGUUGGGGGGAUUCCACUUCGUGGCAGUUCAAAGCAAUCCUGAUGCGGAUGACGUCGCGGGUUUCUGGUUAUUGAAGGAAGUCGCGAUGUAGACUUGGUCAAGGUAUCUGCCGGGACUUUUGGCAGCUCCUGAAGCGUUGCUGACUGCCUCGUCGCUAUAACACCGUUAGAUAGGUUGAUUCCUUGUACACGUCUGACACCAGAAAACUUGACUCUUGGAAACGGCUGUAACGGCGUUGAACGGCUCCAGUGGGUAUUGCAUGCGGGUAAUUUGUUGGCCAAAUGAAAUAUGGCUUUUGAUCCCAACUGGAGGGUGCAGUCCUAUCGCUUCGUCAGUGUAGCUCGUCAUGGCAUUGAGUGUUCACCGUUUGGCUGCUGUCAUUGCGCCAAAUCGCCAACAAAAACAACUUGGAACC